AUGCGAAAGUUCAUAUCAAGAUUUGAAAAUGGGUCUAAGACGAUGCGUAGAACAUUUACGGUAGACUUGGCGUUACCAUGGCCAUUUUUAGUGUUAAUAGCAGAGCAACUAAGUUUUAUAAUGGUGGAUUUAAAACAACAGCUCGAUGUGUUGGAUUAUUUUGGUCCGUUAGCUGUAUGGAUUUCUUUUUUUGCUAUAAUUUUUAUUAUUUCAGUUACUUGCAUUUUAUGGUGCUGUGUUUCCGAAAAGGAUGAUUCCACCGUUUUUGCUAAGUGGGGUAUGGGUCCACGCCAAAAAAGCCUCAAUAAUCCGCAGAAAUUUACUUUUGCAACUGACAAAGCCGCCUGA